AUGUACUGGCUUAAUGGAAUCGCAAGCCAAAUCACAGUUGACAAUAUAUUGGAAAAAGAGCUCGAAAACAGUCAAAAUGAAGAACAGAGCAAUACGUUUCUAUCAUCAUCAGAUCUUGUAACAGUUCAGCCUUCCCAGCACGCAUUUUUAUAUAUUACCUGCACAAGAAAUGCUAUCUAUUUAUGGUCAGUGAAGCCUAAUACAGUGCUUGCUUUUGUUGAGCGUUCAAAGAGUCACGUCAAAGAGUUUGGAGAGAACCUAAGAGUCAUAUGGAAACCAGAUACGGCAUCUGUUGUAGUUCAAACAACGAACAACUAUUUAUUACUGUAUGCCAUUCUUUCAUACGAUCAAACCUCGUUUGAAUUCAGCUUUCCAAAUUCUUACCAUGCCUAUGUCACUGGUCCAGGGGAAGGAAAAGGCGUAAAAACUAUGCUGAUCAAAUUCAAAAUAGCAAUAAGAGUGGACGCUGGUAUCGCAUGUGGUACCUCUACUGAUGAUUCUAUUAUCCUCUCCACGAAAUCACCAGCGGCUAUUCAAUGCAUCUCUUGGAUGCCCCAGCAUGUGAACACGACUCAAACUGCCUUGUUGAAUAAAUUGAAUAUUUUAGAAAAUGAAGAAACGGAAUUUGUCACGCAUAUUGAAUAUGAUAAAUCAACGCACACUUCAGUUUGGUUAUCCAAUGAGGGCAAAGCAUAUUUUGUACAGAAUAACAGUUCCUUAUACAAGGAAAGACGCGGAUCCACUGUGAGUAAUGAAUCAACGACGACGACGACAAAUCCAGUAUCAUCAAACGUAAAUGGAAUACCAGUAGCGCCUUCAUAUAUCAAAAAGGUACAUUGGACGGGUGUCUGUUUUCAUGGUAGCACUCAGAAUGCAGUCAAUAGUGGUUCUAAGAUUGACCAAGAUGGAAAGGCUACCACUGUAUCGAUCAAUUACAGAUUUUCGCUGAUUGCAGUGGGUACUAGUCAAGGAACAGUUUAUAUAUACAGUGUGGAUGGGUUUUACAGUACACCCAAGCUAUCUCAUAAACUUCAGUUACCAACAUGGUCAGCUCAGAACACAGAUAACGAUAAGGCAUCUAUUGAAUCUCUGGAGUGGACAUCGGAUGGGUAUGCCUUAGCUGUUGGAUAUAAAACAGAUGGAAUUGCAUUAUGGAGUGUGUAUGGUAGUUUAUUAUGUACGUCAAAGGAAUUAGACGAUACCUUUACCGAAGCAAAAUUAAAGGAUACCUAUAUUAAAGGGUUACAGAAUUUGUUUUGGGGACCAGGAAACCACCAACUCUUCAUUUUAGCAAAGCCAGACAAUACCGAUGAACCACAUUCUAAGCUCUUUGUAAUACCUGUUGCAAAAUCUGCACUUACCAGUUAUCUUCAUUCUGAUAAUGUAAGACGAGGCCUAUUACAAAUGGACGAUCGCAUAUUGAUAUAUAAUAACAGUGGGGAUUAUCAAGAAAAUGAUACGACCAUGGAUCCAGCUGCAGUUGCAUGGACGCAUAUACAAUAUCCUGCCCUUUACAUUACUGACCACUGGCCUAUACGGUACGCAUCGAUUAGUUCGGAUGGUAAACAUAUUGCAGUAGCUGGUAGACGCGGAUUUACCCAUUAUAACACUAUUUUGGGACGCUGGAAAUUAUUCGGUAACCAGCAUCAAGAAGAAAGCUUCAUUGUCCGAUCAGGCAUGGUUUGGUAUAACAAUAUAUUGAUAGUAGCGUGCGAGAAUCUUUCACAAAAAGCAUAUGAAAUUCGUUUAUACUCUUCUGACAGUAACUUGGACAAUGCCCAUAUCCUUUACACCGAGCAAUUGCCACAUAUGCCCUUUUAUAUGUCAUUAUGUGGGAACUUCUUAUUGCUAUACACGUCCGACAAUACACUCCAUAUCUAUCACAUUAUUAUGCAUUCGAGCAAUGACCUUUACUACAAGCAAAGUAGAUCGGUGAGACUUGACUUGAUCAGAACGAUAGAUCUGAAAGGUUUUGUGGCUCGUGCGGUUAAACUACGAAGCAUAAGUCUUUUCAAUCCGACUUGUGGUGACCAAUUAAUGAGCGUAGCUGAUGUUUUUUCAGCCAACCUGAUCCUUCUUUAUGAGGGUAAACUUAUGCUGCUUUUUCCGAGAGUACUGAAUGAAAAAGAUCAAAGCCCAGACUUGAACUCGCAGAAUCAAUCACCUUAUAAUAUACAUGUUCUUCAUCCAAACACUGACUUUUAUUGGAUUAGUAGGAAGGCUAUUGACAAUCUUGUCACAUCCAUAUGGAUUAUGGCCGGGAAUGGAUUGAAGAUUUUUACAAACCUACUGCUUCCAGCUAACUAUGACUAUAUUGCUGCAAAUAAUAAUAUGAUGAACAGUGAGCCUUCAACACCAGGGCCUCUCAUGUCGCCAACCUUGUCGAGAGAAAAUGAUAACAGCAAACCGUUUUCCUUGGGCCAGCUUAGUGGUAGUCAAGUCGAUUCUAAUAUUUCAUCAGAGGUAUCAAGUGAAAUAAGCACAAACUAUAGAUGGAGAACGCAUGAUCUAGAGAACUUGGCAGCAGAAACUAUUCAUAUCGACCUUGACUUCUUUCCCUUAUCUGUCAUUUUAGAAAGGGGCAUUAUCGUCGGUAUUGAACAAAGUAUUUUUUAUCGUGAUUCCCUAGGAUUUGCAUUAUUCAAAAUGAGUCCAAAGAUGCAUCUGUUUCUUCAUCAUAUUCUACGAUAUCUUUUAGAACGCGAUCUGAAAGAGGAUGCCUUUACCUUUGCUUCCGCUUAUGAGAAGUUUGUUUACUUUGGCCAUGCAUUAGAAAUAUUACUCCACAACGUAUUAGAAGAUGAAGCUGGAAAAGACUUGGGAGAAGCUGCUAUAUUACCAUCAGUUAUAAGAUUUUUGGACCAGUUCCCACAUGCUUUGGAUGUGAUUGUUAGUUGCGCUCGAAAGACAGAAGUUGCUUUAUGGGACCAUUUGUUCUCUGUAGUUGGCAAACCCCAAGACCUAUUUGAGCUCUGUUUAAGAGAUGCACGACUACGUACAGCGACUUCUUACUUGAUCAUCUUGCAAACGAUGCAGCCUUCUAGCGUAGGAGGUAAAGAUACCAUGUUGCUUAUACAAAAGGCCAUAGAUGAAGGAAAUUACGAUUUAUGUAAGGAGCUGGUGAGAUUCCUUAGUUCUAUUGACACCACAGGAAAAAUAUUACAAGAAGCAUUAUUGACCAUAAAAUCACACAUGAAAAACAGUAUUUCUACAGAAAUGGCACAACCGGUCUCAGCGCUACCAACUAAUACAACGAGCACUCCUAAUUGA